AUGAAGCAAAAGUAUAAGUAAGGAAGAGUAGAGAGAGAUUGGAUGGAAUCAUAUGAUAGAGCUUAGGAUGGAGUAUUGAAAUUGCAAUAGUUGGUUGAAAUGGAGGAAAUUAUAGAAAUCAAACAAUUUGAAAAUAAAGUAUAGAAGGCAGCCCAAGAGAAUGUAGGUGAAUACUCAUAUAUUAAAUUAUUGGAUGAAUUAGAAAUUCGUAAGAAGAAGUUAAAAGAUAUAUGGCAUGAUAGAUUAAGUGGAGCCCCAAAGGAUAUUGAUGUCUGGUAUCGUUUGCUCUCCACUAGACAAUUAUAUUUACCAAAAGUACAUGAUCUUGACAUUUGGAUUAAAUUUGCUAAGUUAUGUUUGAAGAGAUAAAAAAUGGUAUUAUGCAAAUCUACCAUUGAAAUACUCAAAGAAUAAUUUUAAAAUUAAGGAUAGGCUCCUCUACCUGUCACUCUUCACAUUUUCAAUAUGCAAUUUGAAUAUGUUCAUGCCAAACAUGAAAUCUAAAUUCUAGAUUAGGUUAGAGAGUACUUCACCAAUUAGGAAUAAAUCAGUUCUAUUGAUUCUAAAUUAAAAGCUAAGACCUUUUUUACUCUCGGAAAAUGGGCUUAUGAAAGAGCAGAAUCAACAAGUGAUUUAGAAUAGAUUACUAAAUAAUUUGAUGAAUCUUUGCAGUAUAAUUCAACUUAUGCUAAGGCCUGGCAUUAUUAUGGCUUAUGCAAUUUCGAAGUUAUUGAAUAACAAGAAAACAGAUAAUCUAUGAAUGCACAUGUAUUUGCAGCAGUCAAAGGAUUCUUGAAAUCUAUAUCUUUAGGAAGUAGGGAUAUCAAGAAAGGUAGAUAUAUUCUAUAAGAUACUUUACGUCUGUUAUCCUUGAUAUUUAAAUAUGGAAUGGAAGCUGCUAUAUCUGACGAAUUUAGAUAGAACUAUAAAUAAAUAGAUGUUAUAGCUUGGAUUGAUGUCAUUCCAUAAAUACUAGCCAGAAUCCAAAUUCAAAAUCCAAUAAUUCAAUAGCUAUUACAAGAUUUAUUAAUUCACAUCAGUCGUAUUCAUCCAUAGGCUCUUAUCUAUCCAUUGACUGUUGCUUGUAAAUCCAAGAAUCAAAUUAAAAGACUUUAAGUACUCAAGAUAUUGGAUGAUAUGAAAAAGCAUUCUCCAAUUCUUGUUAAUGAAGCCUUAAUCAUUAGUGAAGAACUCAAUCGUACUGCCAUAUUAUUGAAAGAAGCAUGGAGAGAAGGAAUCCAAGAAGCUUGGACAUCAUUUUCAUAAGAUAAGAAUAAAACACAUGUCGAAAGAAUUUUAAGAGGAUUACAUGAUAAUAUGAGAGUUAAACUUGAAAGUUUGAGUGAGAUCUCAUUUCAUCAAACCUAUGGAUAGGAGAUAUUUGAGGCUGAAGCUUGGUUAUAGAGGUAUUUGAGAACUGAAGAUUAAGUAUGUUUGUGCGUUGCUUUUGAUAUCUAUACUAGAAUCUAUCAUAAAGUUCAGAAGAGUUUAGAAAAAAUGAAAAAAGUUCAUCUUGAGAAUGUAUCUCCAAAAUUGUUGGCUACUUAAAAUUGUGAAAUUAGUAUUCCUGGAUUGUAUAAACCAAAUAAAUAACUAAUCACAAUCAAUGGAUUUGCUCCUAGAUUAGAUGUCUUGUCAAGUAAGUAGCAUCCAAGAUAAGUUAAGAUGUUUGGAAAUGAUUCAAAGGAGUACCAUUUCUUAUUAAAAGGACAUGAGGAUUUAAGGUAAGAUGAAAGAGUGAUGUAAUUAUUUUCAUUAGUAAAUCGUUUACUUACAAAUGAUACUGAAACAGAGAGGAAAGAUCUUACAAUUACAAGAUACUCUGUAAUACCUUUAUCUCAUAAUACUGGAUUAUUAGGAUGGGUGUAGAAUUGUGAUACUUUGCAACAAUUGGUCAGAGAAUAUAGGGAUAAAUAUGCAAUCAGACCCAAUGCAGAAAGCACUUUAAUGGAAUAGUUUUGUUCCUAGUAUCAAAAUCUACCGUUGCCUAACAAAGUUGAGAUUUACAGACACAUUCUAGAAAAUACAAGAGGAGAGGAUUUGUAAAAGGUUCUGUGGAUAAAAUCACCCAAUUCUGAAGUUUGGCUUGAAAGAAGAAUCAAUUACACAAGAUCUUUGGCUACAAUGUCAAUGGUAGGUUACAUUUUGGGAUUAGGUGACAGACAUCCAUCGAAUUUUAUGUUGUAAAGAUUAACUGGUAAAAUUGUACAUAUAGAUUUUGGAGAUUGUUUUGAAGUGGCAAUGAAGAGAGAGAAAUAUCCAGAGAGAGUUCCAUUUAGACUUACUAGGAUGUUGGUAAAAGCAAUGGAGGCUUGUGGAAUAGAGGGAGUUUAUAGACAUACUUGCAAUGUGGUAAUGAGAGUACUAAGGGAAAAUAAAGAAUCUUUAUUGGCUGUGUUGGAUUCGUUUGUGUAUGAUCCUUUACUUACUUGGAGACUUUUGAAUGCAUAGGAUCAUAAACCUAAAAAAGAGGCUAGGAAUGUAGAUUUACACAAGUAAAUUCCACAAUAAAUGAUCAAUUAACUUAAUGAUAAGGAAAUUAACUAGGGGAAGAGUUUGAUUCAGGUCAUUCCAGAAGCUAAAAGGAGGGGCAGCAUAAUUGAUGACGGAAAGCAGUAGUAAACUCUGAAGAGAAAGGAGAGUGGAAGGGAGAAGGAAAUCUAUUUUGAAUUUGCUGAUGAAGAGAGGGAAAUCCCAGAUGAUUUAUAAAAUUAGAAAGGUUUAGAGGUUAUUGAGAGAAUCAAGAAAAAAUUACAAGGAAGAGAUUUCAAAGAGCAUGAAGUGUUGUCGACAGAAAGUCAACAACUAAUCAUGAAAAACAUUGCGUAAGCUUACUUGGGGUGGUGUCCAUUUUGGUGA